CUCUCUCAGACGCUUCUCGCACCGCUCUCAGACGCUUUCCCCCCUCUUUCCCUGACCUCUGGGAGCGAAGAACGGCACGCCGUGAACCGUGACCGUGACGGAGAUGAGCUACUCUGUUGACGCAUUCACGAGUGAGUUGAUAUCGGGACCUCUGCCCAGCAGCAUCUAUUUGAAGCUGGAUCUGUGCUACAAAGUCGAGUACGAGCAGGAAGGGUGAGCGGAAGAGAUCAAUGGCCAAGCAUGAUGAUCCCAUGCAGCGGCAUCCACAUUUCCUUUUUGGUGAGCAGUUACAGUCGCAAGGAGGGCCCCUGGGCUGAGGAUCAAACGGUGACUUACGUGAGCUCCGCAGCAGCAGCCCGCCACAUCGCUCGCGACAAACUGCGCGAGAAACUGGGGUGGCACUCGCGCCUGCGCCUGGGGUGGCUGGGGAGCGACGAGGCCGACCUUGGGCAAGACGUGGUCGUCUUCAAGGACGAGGCAGGCGGGUGCGUCUGGCGGGCCGUCUACAGGGACGACGUCCUCCGCGACGAAGACUACACCAAGCACACGGUGGCGGUCCACCAGCGCUACAUGCCCCAAGACAAGAUCCAGCACGGUAUUCGCGCUGCACUGCAUGCAGUGAGUGGUGUUAAAAUGGCUGGCUGCCACGGCGUGUGUGCGCGCAUGUGCCUGUGUCUUGCUGUCUUGCAGUGCCGGAGGUGUCUGAGGAGGGUUCGCUGUUCCAAAGGGAACGUGCGGGCCGCUGGGGCAUCCAACCCGAUGACUUCGAUGAGUUGGAGGAGGAGGAUGACUGACAGACCGACAGGAUGCUGGAUGAAUGACAUGGAUGGAGGUGCGGCAAUGGGUCCGACGGAUCAAGCAGAGGUGGAUGUGACAUCGAGAUGGGGGAGGGAGGGAGGGAGGGAGGGACAGUCUUUUGUAGUGCCGGCUGGGCAUUGUGUGCAUUUCAUGACGUCUCUUAUGCGCAGAGAGAGUGAGGCAUCCGAGGCCGUUUAUGCCUCGGGGCGUGGAUGAGUGAGCGUGUUUGUGUGUCUGUAUUGCGGGAUGGACCCAAUAGUGUCUUCAGGUAGGUGGUGUCAGUGUUCAUGCUGGCUACGGCGGUUCAUCCCGACUUGACGCAUUUAUGGCGUCAUGCGUGUGUGUCAUCUGUGCGGCCGCUUGUGUUUUUUUUUGCCUCUCUAUCCCUGUGUGUCUGGUGCGCUCCUGCUAUGCCGUGCCGUGUUGGUGUGAUGGUGUUCCACGUGGUAUUGCAUGGUGUGUGCCCUUCUCGACGGGCGCAAAAACAGACAGACAGACGACAGUGAGAGGGGGCAACGCAGCCUGUGGUAUGGUUCUGUGUAUUUGUAUCUUAGCCAGCGAGGCACUUGCCGGCGGUGUGUGAAUGAAUGUGUGUGUGUGUGUGUGUGUGUGUCGUGUGGCCGUAUUGUAUCUCUCUCGAGCGAGGUGCUGCUGCUGCCUGAGAGAGUGAGAGCUGCAUGAGAUCUUUUUUCCCUCUCCUCCUCUUUCCCAGUCUACGUGUGUGUGUGCCGAUGUACUCGUUUCUGUAUCUGCCCGUCUGAGUGUUUUGUAGUGGUGCAGACAAAGAGAUGACCGACACACUCAUGGAAAGGACGAAAGGAAACAGACGUCAGCACUCGAUAGGUUGUAUGUAACACGCACACAACCAACGCGUCUUGUGAGUGAGUGGGUGGGUGAUGGUGUGUGUCUGUGUGUGGGGUGGAGAGGCCAGCCAGUGACGUGUGGGUGUCUCGCCGCACAAGCGAGACGGCGAGAGUGAGGCUGCCUCUGGGUGUCAUGUCUCUCUCUCUCUCUCUCUGUGUGUGUGUGUGUGUGUCUGCAUGUGUGUGAAUCGUACGUGCAUCCGUACUCUACAGACGUCUGGCUGUCUGUCAUUCAUACGCCAUAUGGAUCUCUGUCUGUCUGUCUGUCUGUCUGUCAGUAGUGUAGCGAUGUGUGGGUGCUGCCGCCUUUUUUUCUGGCUGUGUGUCCAUGGAAUGUUGUGCUGUCGAGUGGCGCGGGUGAGUGAUCGAGUGAGACUCAUGCCGUUCCGUCUGUCUGUCUGUGUUCCUUCCUGCGGACCGAUCGGCCCAUGGCUGUCUGUAAGUAAGGUGGGAGGGAGGGAGGCGUGUGUGUGUCUAUGUGACGGUGAUUUCUCGUGGCCCUGUCUGCUCGUCUGUUGUGCGUUGAUCAACAUGGAUGGCAAUUCUGCGUGUGGUGCCUGCCAUAUGGACACAACUCGACUGCGCUGCUCUUUCUCUUCACUGCGACACCUGUAUGUCUGUGUCAUGUCAGUGUGGUGUUGUGAUUGAGACCUAUGACACAUCAAUUUUGAUACUCGCUC